AAUUUUUGGCUCACCAGAUUAUCUUGUCUAUUUGAGGCAUUAAAAUAUACAUGCCGAAAUGAAAGAACUUUGGAUGUCCUUAAUAAAUUCCUAGCACUUUACUAUGAAAAAGUUCUUUUGGCAGCAGCAAGAGUUUUAACAAAUACAGAUAUUGACAAUAACUGCUUGUUAUUAUUGGGUAUGAAGGAGGGAAUGAAGAAGUUAAUAGAUUUAAAAAAACCUUUGUCAGCUAGAUGGCAAACAUUAUGCAAUGGGGUACUUGAUGAGAUUAGUGAUGCAACAAUAAAAAGCCUUCAUUGUUUAAUUCUUCCAAGCAUUUUUUGUGACGAAGAAGCACUUUUGUUCACCAUGACGCUAGAUCCAAUCUAUCCAACCCCUGCUCUGAAAAUUGAAGGAGAUGCUAUAAAUCCAACACGAAUAAGUCUUGUAGUUGACGGGCUGACGCUAAGCAAUUCUGUUCCUGAUGUAACUUGUGGUUUGGGUCUCGUCAUCUGCUCAUAUUAUAUUUUUGAUAUUGCGUAUCCAAAGAAAUUACAAAAAACCCUGUCUUUUCUAGAACAUUACGUUUUUGAACGAAGGAGUAAACUUCCUGCCAACAUUCAAAACAUUGCUAGUUUUUUGAACUUAUAAUAUUAAAUUAUAAAACUU